ACCCCUUCCCGGCUCCUGGUACUACGCAUGCGCCCUGCGCCCCGGCGCCAUGUUGGGUCGGUUUGAAAGCGAGCGCGGGCGUCUCGCCUUCCUGCGGCGGCGGAGGAAAUAGCGGUCCAGAGGAGGGCGGUGUCGCGCUCGGGGAUGCUUUGUCGCGUCGUCCGGUUUGGGAAGGGCUUGGGCUCUCCGCCGAGAGUCUGGAAGGGCGCGCUUUAAAAAAAAGUGUCCCGGGACGCUGCCACCCGGGAGCCAGCGGGACAACCACAUCCAGCACACGCGGAUGGCCCAACUCUUUGCAGCCCCAGGGCCUGCCAAAAUCAGUGUUCCAGAGCCUUCGACGCUCCCCUUUGCUGGAGAAACCAAAGCAGCGGCUUCCAAGGGUUGUGCUCCACUUCCAGAGCGUUCAUCUCCCUGGCACUUUUUUUUUUUUUUUGACACGGUCGUCUGUGUUUUGAAUCGAGGUAGUUGAAAUUUCUUGCCCUAACUUUUAUCAUUCAACGCGAUGAUGGAUUUAAUUUGGGAGAUUGAAACCGGCACUUGCGAAGGGAAUGUAUUUAAUGGAAAUGAAUAAUUCAUUUUGAGAAAGCCAUGGCAAAAUUAAAUGCAAAACACAGAGUUUGUUCUCGAGACUCUUCAGUGUCUUCUCUCCUGGCAAGCUGCAGUCUAAGUGGUAGUAGUUCCUCCAAUUCCGACAGCUCCUUUCUCUAUAAGGACCAACUGUACAGCUCUGCUUCUGAGGCUCUGCAGGCCUAUAUUGAUGAUUUUGACCUAAGCAGAGAACAUCCUGGUGCAAACACUGUCAAAGUAAACACUGAUGGUGAGGUUGGUAAUGUGCCACAGUUUUCCAGCUACGUGCAUACACCAAGCAAUGCUUUUGAAAAUCUUGAUCACAAACAGCACCUUAACCCCCUAUACUAUAGAAGAGAGACUGUUAAUGACAUGGACUCCAUUAGCCUAACAACUGAUGAUUUGUUAAGACUUCCAGCAGACGGAUGCUUUUCCUUCCCUUAUGUUACACCUGAUCACCAACAACACAAGAAAAACAAGAAAUACAUUGGAAGACAGGAUUCAUCGGACAUUAAAAAUAGUCUAAGUUUUUAUGUAGACGCUGCUCCCAAGAGCAAGGAUAAUAUAGUUCCUCCUUAUGUAUAUACAAAUAUAAAUGGAAAGAAAUGUAGCAGGCCAAGAACCCCAAAACCUAUUAAUAUAAAAAAUAAAUGUGUUUCAGAUUCAUCUUUAUCUUUUCCUAAAGAAUCAUCUUUCAAGGACAGUUCAGAGCACAGUUUUGCAAAGAAUUAUCCAAGAUGGCUCACUAGCCAGAAAUCUGACCUUAAUGUCUCAGGGGUAACUAGUAUACCUGAUUUUAAGUAUCCAAUUUGGCUCCAUAAUGAAGACUUGCUACCUGAUGCAAAUACUCCAAGGGUUUAUAAAUUAUUUAACGAAGAUGAAUAUUGCCCUAAACAUAGUUACCAAACACAAAGAACAACUCAGCUUUUAAAUAAAGUAGAUUGUUUUGAAUGUUCUUUUAAACCUUCAAACUUUACAGAUUCCUUCAGUGAGUAUAAAGGAUUAAGUAAUGAAUUUAAAUGUCAGUGUGACAAUCCACUUCUCCCAGGACAAUCUCAAAAGCCAUUCUGUGGUGACAAAAUUGAAUUGCUUAUCCUGAAAGCUAAGAAGAAUCUCAAACAAUCUACUAAAGACUUACCAAAGCCUGUGGAAAAGGAAGACAGUCCUUGUUCCUUAGAUAAACUUGAAGCAGAACGAACAUGGGAAAAUGUCCCUGUUACUUUCAAAUCUCCUGUCCCUGUUAAAGCUGAUGACAGUCCUCAACAAAGUACCAGGGCACAAUGUCAAAGAAACCAGGAGUGUCUUGAGGACUUUUUAAAUGAUGAUAAUCAGAGCUGUACUCUGUCUGGAGGCAAACAUCACGGUCCUGUGGAAGCCUUGAAACAAAUGUUAUUUAACCUUCAGGCAGUACAAGAAAGUUUUAAUAAGAAGAAAAAUACGGAGCCAGAAGAAGAGAUUAAGCAAGUGUCAGAGGAUGAUUUCUCUAAAUUACAGAUGAAGGAAAAUAUGAUCCCCAUUACUCGGUCUCUUCACAAGGCCUUACAACAUUUAUCUCACCUGAGAGACCUGGUCAAUGAUACCAGUGGGAGACAGUCACCAAAGAUGUGAAGAGGAAACUUAACUUCAGCACAAUAAACAGUCACCGCACAAUGAGCUAUGUACUCUUUGCUAUACUUACAGUGACAAAGUGAACAUAAGCCACGCCUUAUUCUAUGACUAGUCCAAGGAUAUUUAUUUUUAAGAAUCUGAACUUGGAAAUCUUCAUAGGCCCGAUUUUAUAUGAAAACAAGAGUGGAAGACACUAAGAUAAAACCUGAAGUAGUACGUGGAUCUUAAGACCAGAACAUUGUUAACAUUCGGAAGUGGAUCAUUUCCUUUCUUGUCAUUUAUCUGAACUCAGUUUUUAUUGACUUUCUCAUCAUUUGUAAUUUAAUUCUUUAUUGUAAAAUCUUUUCGCUUCUCCCCAACUCUUGUAAAUUGUAUAUCUGAGUAUGUGUACUGAGUGAUUUCAAGGUGCUUCAGGAAUAGCUACAUUGCUGUAUCCUAGGGGUCAUGUUGUUACUUCUAAAGUUUCAUAAACUGGAUAUUUAAGAUGUUCUGUUUAUAAAUGACAUUUAAAUAGUUUUUGGUGACUCAGUGUUAAUGGGAUGUUCUUUUAUUAUGACACCAUAGAACCUUUUUAUUAAUUCAAUUAAUUGAUUCUUUGUAAGAUAAUCUUGAUUAUACUUAACAGUUGACAAAUCAUUUUAGAGAGUAUAUUUGUAACUCUAAUAUUUGAUAUGUAGUUUCCCAGAUUUUAGAUUUGGGUUAGCCUCAAUCUAUUAAAAGAUACGACAUUAUGACAAAUCUAAAACUGAACAAAAAAAUGAGUGUAGAAAAUCCAAAAACAAUUAUAAUUUAAAGCUAUUUACUAUAGUCUUCCAAAUGUAUCUCUAGAUAGAACUGAACAGAGCUGUGUUUUGCAGUUUCUACCAAGCAAAUAUUAAUAUUUAUAAUAAGUAGAAAACAUCUUCAUCAAGAAUGAAAAUUAUGUAAUAAGGCAUAAAGAAUGAAAAAGCCUGAUGAAAUUACUGUAUGGUCAAAUACUACAAAUUAUAUUUUACCCAGAUUUUUGAUGAAUAAAUUUGUUUUGUAAAAUUUCUAAGUACAUAUGGCCAAAUAAGUUUUUUCAUGCUGUUAAGGUACUGUUAACAUCAAAAACAACUGAGGAGGCCCUGUCUGUUGUGUUCCCUAGCCACUGAGGUUCCAGCUUAGUUCUCUGCUAGGUGAGACACUCUCUGCUAACACUAAGAUCUCUUUGUUGCUGAAAUGCUAUUUUGUGAUAAGUUCUCCUGCUGGUGUUAAAAGGGAAGAUUGUAACAGGACAAGCAUCAGGUAGGUCUGGGAGAGUCACUUUUCCUAUAGACAGUUUCUAAAGAGAGAUCUAGGUUAUAAGUGCCAAUAUGUGUUGGGAGCUGACUCCUAGCAGAAAGUGGCUAUCAUCCUUGCAGCCAUCUCCAGCUGUAUACCCUGACAAGAGACUUGUUUUCAACAGCCUACAACAGCUGAGCACACUCUGAUAACAUCUUGUUUAUCCCACAUAGCUUGUUUUGCUGUUUAGUUGCCCCCAGCUGCAUGGUGCACGUGGUAAAGUGUCUUCAGCUGUGUUCCCCUGCUUGUGCUUAUAAAUACCCAGGAUUUCCUUUCAAUAAAGGAGACUUGAGACUUGGUCACAC